UUGAAAUGUGUGCGUGAAAAUUUGCAAUUUCUUUUCUUUUAAAAAUGCAUUUAUAAAUUAUAAUAAAGGAACGUUUUUAUCGAAGAAGACUUUUCGUAGCGAUUAAAGUAAUAAAUUACAGUGCAGUUGUGUUAUUUGAAAAUGUUAAGAACAGUAAAGAAAAUGUAUAGUGUGAAUUAUAGAGAGAUGAUGAUGAUUAUAAUAGAUAAAGCGUAUUAUAUACCUACUGAUAGUGAAAUAAAUUCAAUAUCAUGUUAAUAAUUUUCAAUGUCAAGAGCAACUGAAAAUCAAUGACAUGAUUGUAAAAAGGUUCAAUGAACAAAAUCCGGGAUUGAAAUUGAAGCGAUAAAAAUUAAUUUUUGAAGAUUUUCAUCAAAUUUGCAAGAAGAUGACGCAGUGCAGUAGUAGUAGUGGCAGUAGCAGUAGCACUAGCACUAGCAGUAAUGGUCGUGAUUUUAAGGAUCAAUCGAUGCGGCCUAUUGAAGAAAAAUUAAUGGUUGCAGUUCGUAUUAAACCUCUCAGUCGAGCUGAAUCGGGAAGAUCUCUUCACGCCAUUAAUGAAAAGAUGGUGAUGAUAGAAGAUGUGGAUGUCGAGAAACAAAAGCGAUCUUUUCCUCGACAAUAUUUAUUCGACGUGGUUUUCGGAGAAGAUUCCACUCAGGAAGCGGUUUAUGAAGGAACAACAAGAUCUCUAGUUCAAAAUGUACUGCUCGGGUAUAAUGCGACAGUGUUUGCCUAUGGAGCGACUGGAGCAGGAAAAACUCACACAAUGGUUGGCAGUCCGUCGAAUCGUGGAAUCAUGGUUCGAGCCCUCAACGAUAUCUUCCUUGCAACUCGUCGGCUUCCUGAAAAUGUUGAACAUUCGGUAACAAUGUCCUAUAUGGAAAUUUAUAAUGAGAAUAUUCGAGACCUGUUGAAUCCUUCCUCGGGUUACUUGGAAUUGCGUGAUGAGUCUCGAGGUCGCUACAGUCAAGUAGCAGGUCUCACGGAAGUAUCCACAACUUCCACAGACGAGGUGAUGCAACUUUUACACAAAGGGAACAGAGCGCGAACGGUGGAACCAACAGCGGCAAAUGAAACUUCUUCUAGGAGUCAUGCUCUUUUGAGUGUCAUCGUAAAACAGUCCGCAAAACCAGUUGACAGGGAUAGUCGACACAGGGUCCGAAUAACCCAGGGGAGACUUUUUAUGAUCGAUUUGGCCGGAUCCGAGCGGGCCAAACAAACAAAGAAUCAGGGCAAGAGACUUCAGGAAGGAGCUCACAUCAACAGAUCGCUCCUGGCCUUGGGAAAUUGUAUAAACGCAUUAUCCGGCGGAGCUCGAUAUGUCAAUUACCGGGACUCGAAACUUACAAGACUACUCAAAGAUGCUCUAAGUGGAAACUGUCGAACUGUAAUGAUUGCUCACGUCUCACCGGCAACAAUCCAUCGAGACGAAAGUCGAAACACUCUUAUCUACGCAGACCGCGCCAAUCGAAUUUCGAAUAAAGUCGAAAGAAAUGUGCUUGACGUUUCCUACCACGUUUCCCAAUAUCGAGACAUCAUUAGCGAUCUUAAAAACGAAAUUUCAAGACUGAGAACCAAGAUGACAGACGAUAGGCCAAGAUUCGAUGAAUUAAAGACAAACAAUCAGAGGGGAACGGAUUUCAAAACACUUCGAGAGAAAAUAGUAUCCGUUUUUAAGGAGCAAAUGAGACUGAGACGAAAGUUGAUGGAAAUGGACAGUCAUUUAUUGAGUUUAAAUAUUGCUGCUGAACAACAACAUCAGGUCAUAUCUCACUGGGAAUCGAGGAACAAUAAACUGUAUAAAGCCAACCGGGAAUCAACAUCCUCUCGCCCUGGAACUGUCUCACAAAUAGAAGAGGUCGAUGACGCAGAUUUCAUCGAGGAUGGUAAGGAGGAUGACAUGGCUGUGGAACAAGCUUGGGCGGAAUUAUCCGAAAUCAGCAGAGAAAGAGAAAGAUAUUCCGAAAUGCGAAUGGCCACUGAACGAGAGCUCGAAUCUUGCAGAAAACGCGGAGCAACUUUAGAGGAUGAAUUACCAUCGCGGAUUAAUUCCGAUGAAGAAAGAGAGUUGUUGGCUCUAAUGUUGAGGGUCCAUGAGCUUGAGGCUGAUAAAAUGAUGCUGCAGAGUGAAAGAUUAGUCAAGCAACACGAACUAAGGAGACGAGAGUUAAUGCUGCUUCGAUACGAUAGACAGCGGCAAAUUUCGGACGAAAUUAUUACACGUCAGAGACGAAUAAUGGAAGACGGUCAAUUGUCCCUUCCUCCUGAUCUUCAAAAUUUAUACGCCAUGUAUCAGCAAGAAAUACAUUCCGCAACUUAUACGGACAAUAUGUCAGAUUUAUCCGCCACUUUAGAAUAUGUUGGCAAACUACCUCCAAUUUCGAAUAGAUUUAGUUUCGACAAUUUUAAUUCCGAUUUAAGGGCGACCAGCAGAAUCAGACUGGGAACAAUCGCCACUUCCACCAAUUCAAGAACCACCGGAAAUAGAGAAAAUAAUGGGACCGAUUGUCCACCCAAUUUUGAGUCCUUCAGAAUUAUUUCCACCAAUUCCUCCUUCGAAUAAAAAAAGCCAGUAAAGAUAAAAGACUUCGACGCAUAGCUAGCGAUGAAAACCUGGUCUCGCCGAAAUAUGUCAAGGGCACAAUAAGAAGACAUAACAGUCGUAAAAUACCAAUCUAAGGCAUGAAAAAAAAUUGCAAACAAGAUAAAAAUGACUGAGCUGUUCUUUAACUAGUUGCACUGUGUGAUGAUCCUAAAAUUUUCUUUCAGUUUUUAUUUAAUUAAGGCUUCUGAAAAUAUUUAUCAAUUUCGGUUUUACGAAUACUUUAAUAUUCUUUAAAAUAAGAUCAAGCACACGUUUUGUACAUAGACUUCUUUUUGUUAUAAAUAAAUUAUUUCAGUUAAUUAAGCAAAUUGUGGU